UUCAGGAUUGUAGAGGUAGAAGACACGAGCAAAAUAUAAUGAACCUCGAUGAAAAAUAUUUAAAUUAAAAUAUCGAUUCAAUAACAAUUGUAUCGAUCCGAUACCAAUACCAGUGUUGGCAUCGAUACUAUCGAUAGAUUCUGGCAGGGAGUCGGAAUUCGGCACAAAACCGUUUCCGACACAGCAUUUGUUUCACUGUACAUCAAUUAUUAUUUUUUAUUAUUGUAAGGGGUAGGUUUAGGGUUAGGUAGGCAAGACUCGUCAUACAAUUACAUGACACCAAAGGAUUUUUGAAAAAAAAAAAACACGAAUGAUCAGUGACUUUCACUUUCACUUCGAGUCAGGACAACCUAUAUUCUCCAUAGAACCUGCGUUCAUUUUUUUUGUGGAAAAGUGGUGAAAAUGAAGAUCUCCGUAUUACUCGGAAUGUGUGCACUCUUCCUGUCUGCUGUUUUCAGUGCUGGUGAAGAAGUAGUGUCUGUUUCUGUGCCUGUGGAGGGAGAUCAGGUCACUUUAAACACUGAUGUGACAUUAACCUCUCAACAAAGAAUUAAAUGGUACUUUAAUAACAUUCGCAUCGCUCAGAUAAAUGGAGGUCAGAGUGAGAUCUGUACAGAUGAGUGUCCUGAGACACUCAGAGACAGACUGAAGCUGGAUCAUCAGACUGGAUCUCUGACCAUCAUGAACACCAGAAACACAGACUCUGGACUUUAUCAACUACAGAUCAUCAGCAACAGCAUCAGUGAAAAGAUCUUCAAUGUUACUGUCACUGGUGCGUCUGGUGCGGAUAGAGAUGAGUGUGUGAUGGGGGGAGAUUCAGUAACUCUAAACACUGAUGUAAAAACAAACCAAAAUGACAGAAUUAAAUGGUUUUAUGGUGACACUCGCAUCGCUCAAAUCACUGGAGAUCUCAUCUGUACAGAUGUUGAGUGUAAUGAAGGUACUGAGAGAUUCAGAGACAGACUGAAGCUGGAUCAUCAGACUGGAUCUCUGACCAUCAUGAACAUCACAAACACUGACUCUGGACUUUAUGAAUUAAAGAUCAUCAGCAUCAGAAGAAGCAGUGAAAAGAGCUUCAAUGUUACUGUUUAUGGUGUUUCUGCUGCUGAACGAGAUGAAAUCAAGAGAAAGUCAGUGAAGGAGGGAGAAUCUGUUACUUUAUAUCCUGGUGUAAUGAAAAACCCAAAUUAUUUAAUGACCUGGUAUUUUACUGACAUUUGCAUCGCUGAAAUCAUUGAAGAACCCAGUAAGAACUGUACAGAUGAUCAGUGUAAUAAUGGCACUGAGAGAUUCAGAGACAGACUGAAGCUGGAUCAUCAGACUGGAUCUCUGAUCAUCACAGACACCAGAACCACUGACUCUGGAGAAUAUAAACUACAGAUCACCUGCAGCAAAAUCACCAUCAUGAGGAACUUCAGUGUUUAUGUCACUGUUGCAGGUCUGUCUGCAGGUGGAAAAGGAGGAAUUUGUGCUGUCCUGCUGAUUAUAGCUGCAUCUGUUUGUGGGUUUUAUUUUUACAAGCAUCGAGUAAAAAGAAAAGACACCAAUAAACAGCACAGUGAUCAGGUGAAUGAUGUUAAUGAUUCAUCUCCUGAUCAGAGUGAUGUUCCACUGAUGGAUGUUGCUCAUGAGAGGUCCUCUAAUCACACUGCUGCUCUAGUGAAGAACACUACCAGUGACUCGUCCUCUCAUCACACUGACCUUCUAGUGAAGAACACCACCAAUGACUCUUCCUCUAAUCACACUGCUGCUCUAGUGAAGAACACUACCAGUGACUCGUCCUCUAAUCACACUGAUGCUCUAGUGAUGAACACCACCAGUGACUCGUCCUCUAAUCACACUGAUGCUCUAGUGAUGAACACCACCAGUGACUCUUCCUCUAAUCACACUGAUGCUCUAGUGAAGAGCACCACCAGUGACUCUUCCUCUAAUCACACUGAUGCUCUAGUGAAGAACACUACCAGUGACUCGUCCUCUCAUCACACUGAUGCUCCAGUGAUGGACACCACCAAUGACUCUUCCUCUAAUCACACCCAUGCUGUAGUGAUGGACACCACCAAUGACUCUUCCUCUAAUCACACCGAUGCUGUAGUGAAGGACGCCACCAAUGACUCUUCCUCUAAUCACACUGAUGCUCUAGUGAAGAACACCAUCAAUGACUUUUCCUCUAAUCACACUGAUGCUCUAGUGAAGAACACAACCAGUGACUCUUCCUCUAAUCACACAGAUGCUGUAGUGAAGGACGCCACCAAUGACUCUUCCUCUAAUCACACCGAUGCUGUAGUGAAGGACGCCACCAAUGACUUGUCCUCUAAUCACACCGAUGCUGUAGUGAAGGACGCCACCAAUGACUCAUCCUCUAAUCACACUGAUGCUCUAGUGAAGGACACCACCAGUGACUCUUCCUCUAAUCACACUGAUGCUGUAGUGAAGGACGCCACCAAUGACUCUUCCUCUAAUCACACCGAUGCUGUAGUGAAAGACGCCACCAAUGACUUGUCCUCUAAUCACACUGAUGCUCUAGUGAAGAACACCACCAAUGACUUUUCCUCUAAUCACACUGAUGCUCUAGUGAUGAACACCACCAGUGACUCUUCCUCUAAUCACACUGAUGCUCUAGUGAAGAACACCACCAGUGACUCUUCCUCUAAUCACACUGAUGCUCUAGUGAAGAACACCACCAGUGACUCUUCCUCUAAUCACACAGAUGCUGUAGUGAAGGACGCCACCAAUGACUCUUCCUCUAAUCACACUGAUGCUCUAGUGAAGAGCACCACCAGUGACUCUUCCUCUAAUCACACUGAUGCUCUAGUGAAGAACACCACCAGUUACUCUUCCUCUAAUCACACUGAUGCUGUAGUGAAGGACGCCACCAAUGACUCUUCCUCUAAUCACACAGAUGCUGUAGUGAAGGACGCCACCAAUGACUCUUCCUCUAAUCACACUGGUGCUCUAGUGAAGAGCACCACCAAUGACUCUUCCUCUAAUCACACCGAUGCUGUAGUGAAGGACGCCACCAAUGACUUGUCCUCUAAUCACACUGAUGCUCUAGUGAAGAACACCACCAGUGACUCGUCCUCAAAUCACAGUGAUGCUCUAGUGAAGGACACCACCAAUGACUUGUCCUCUUAUCACACUGACGCUUUAGUGAUGAACACCACCAAUGACUCUUCCUCUAAUCACACCGAUGCUGUAGUGAAGAACACCACCAAUGACUCGUCCUCUCAUCACACUGACCUUCUAGUGAAGAACACCACCAGUGACUCGUCCUCUCAUCACACUGAUGCUCCAGUGAUGGACACCACCAAUGACUCGUCCUCUAAUAACACUGAUGCUCUAGUGAAGAACACCACCAAUGACAUGUCCUCUAAUCACACAGAUGCUGUAGUGAAGGACGCUACCAAUGACUCUUCCUCUAAUCACACUGAUGGGAGUUUUCAGGAGUGAUGAUAUUACUGCGCAUGAGCUUGAAUUGCUUUACCGUAGAACGACUGGCUCUUUCAUCGGAAGACGUUGAUAGAAUGGCCAUAUUGGGCAUUGCAUUUUUCCCUGUUCAAAACUAUACAAAUUACACAUCUUGUGUAUUCUAUAGUCAUUGGUAUUAUCCGAUCUGUCGGGCUUACAUGGCAGAUGCAGAAGAGAGUCUGUGGGCCUUUUCUGAAACUUCGAUCUAAAAUCAGCGACACUCGUCUCGUUCAGUCCUGUUAAAGCGUUCUGUUACGGCCCGCCACAAUCAAAUCUAGAACUUGGUACUCGUGCAUUGUUUACUGCCAUGACGGCACACGUACAUUACAGAGACAUCUGUUUGAUGUCUGUUUUUGAUUCUGCAAGACUUAUAUUUCAUAUUGUGUCAAAAUACUCAUCUUGACGAGUAUCCUCAUAAAUUAUCUGAUGCGUCUUAAAUGAACGUAAACAGCAAGAAAUCACCUGUAUCAUUAUUAUAGAUCCACUCAGUCUUAAAAUGACAGCUGUGUCAUUAAUGUAAUUUAAACAACAAAAGCGAGAGUGAAGUCAUUGUUAGACCUGACUGAAGAACUUCAAGCACUGGUUUUAUUUUCCAUAUUUUUUCUAGUAUUUAUUUGUGCCAUUGGUUGUGAUUUGUUUAUUUGUUUUUGUUGUAUUACUUGACCUCACUUAAGAUGUGUUUGAUAUGAUUCGAUAAUGUUUGAACUUUGAAAGAAGCUAGUAGCUUAUUCUGAAAAACAUGCUUGAGGGUUUAACUCAAAAGGCAAAUGAAGACAUACAGUACAGUAACCAAAUGUGGGUUGUGUUUGAAUGAUGAAAUAGCAUGUGAAACACCUGAUGCCUUAGUCCUCAGGAAAAGUGAAACAGCACAUGAUAAAACGACAACAAAUUGUUUUAUAGUCUUUAUGCAUUUGUUUUAUAUCUUUGUUGAAAUGUGGAAAGAAUCCCAUUGAAACUUUGUGAACAAAACAUUUGUGAUAUUAUGAAUUGGUGCUGAAUAUUUAUGUAAUAACUGUAUUUCUUAAUUUGUUUUGUGUGUGUAUAAUCCUCUGAAAGAGCCAUUGCUUCUAGUUUAUAUAUAUAUAUAAUUUUUUGUAUUGUUUU